AUGGCCUCCGCUGUUGAUGAUGCGUCCCAACCUCUGCUCGGUCACCAAAAUACAGAUCUGGAACGCCAGGAGAGUUUCAACAGCAGCCAUUACAAUACCAACAAAAACACCGUCUUUACGUCAAUCGCUCAUGGCAGUAGUUUUAUAGGAAAUUUGGCGUCCUGGUCCAGGAAGGGCGCCCGCGGACUCGGCAUCAGCAGCAGCAGCGAUCCUCAACAACGCUAUUACCACGAGUACCCAGAUAAUAUCCCACACGACACGCAUUCGGACUCUAUCUUCUCUGGCAUCAGGGCUAGAACCAGAUCAUUCCUCUCGUCUAAAUGGGGCCAUUACAUUGUCCUGUUCAUGGUCGCUGUAGACGUGGCCUGCAUCUUUUCCGAUUUCUUGAUUGAGCUACGAGUCUGCGAACUACGAGAACGACAUCAGACUAUCGAUCGUCGAUGGGGCUUGGCACAAGAAGCACUGGGAUUGGUCGGAUUGAUUUUCUCAUGUCUGUUCAUGCUCGAGUUGAUUGCCUCCGUGCUGAGUUUCGGGCUGGGUUAUUUCCGCUCCAAGUUUCACACUUUCGAUGCUCUGGUUAUCGUGCUGGCUUUCAUCCUUGAUGUUGCUCUGAGGGGUGUUGUGGAGGAAAUAGGCUCGCUCGUCGUGGUCUUGCGGUUGUGGCGCGUCUUCAAGAUUAUUGAAGAGAUGGGUGAUAUCAGCGCUGAGAUGAUGGAAAAGUAUGAGGAGGAAUUAGAGGCCGUGAAGCUCGAGAAUUCUAAAUUGAAAAGGGAGUUGAAAGGGUACGGAUGGAAUGACGAAGAAGAUGAUGUUGACGGCAACGCAGCCGGCGAUGAGGAAGACAAUAACGAAUGA